GUCUACACAGCCCGCCACCCUGGACAGGACAGCAGCCCAGCCCAGCCCCCUCCUACAAAAACUGGUGGACUGGACACACAAAAUGGCUGGGCUGGGCUGGCUACAUGCCCUCUUUCUGGUGCGUAGACCCGCACCGCUCCGUAGUAUGGAUAUUCGCCGCCCCCGACCACGUGCACUCAUCCCCCUCGGUCAAGCCCUCCAUUGCCGCCCCCUUCAGCGACUUCCGUCUGGCCAUCAGGUUCUCCAGGCUGGUGGACGGCCGUGUCGACAGUGUCGACAUCCUGCUGGCCUUGGCUCGGCCGCUGGCGACCUUGCUGUAUGUGGUAGUAGUGGCGUCCUCUGUGUCUGGGGGGAAGGCGGAGAAGUCCUCACCUUGGAUGCAGAGGGGAUGUGGCUGUGGGUGUGGGGCGUCCUGCAGCCCCCCGCUGCCCUGGCUGUGAAGGCGGUCGACUUUGCUGGCCUUGCUGAAUUUGCUGGUGCUGCGGGGGAGUCGCUUCAGCUCCAUUUGGAAGUCUUCCAUGCUGAUGACUGCUCACAGGUAGCCAGCACACAAAGAGAGGCAGACAUGGGCGAGGUGUGAGUAGGUCAUGGUCCCUCUCUUUCUUACCUACCUACCUGAGUUGGAGGUACCCGGCGUCGGGUCUCCCACAUCUGACAGGUCAUUGUCUCCCUCUUCUUCUCCUUCUCCCUCGCUGAGGGGGCUUCUUUGGCUCAGGGGACUCUUGAUCUCUCCCACAUCUGGGGUGCCACGAGAUGAACGAUUUCGCUGACGAGCCUGAAAUACAUACAUAGAGACACAACUCGUACAGCGGCAGGUGGGAACAAUCGAGGACAGCUGGAAAUGUGCUGCCCAGAUGCUCACCUUUCUCUGUCCCAAGGGACGGGCCGCCACCUCACGCAAGAGAAGCUUCCGGAACUGUACGUAGACGACCACAACCAGUUGACCACAAUACAUACAUAAUUGUCUUCCCUCACUCCUUUUUGGCCACCCGUUUCCGUACGUGGUAGACGGGAUCGUUCCAAUUCGGCAGCGAGAUGGACCGCCGCAGCGCUGAGGAGCCGCCGCUAUUGUCUGUCGACUGGUCAAACGGUGGCAGCCGCGAUGAGCUGGAGUUGUCCAUGUCUCGCACGACCGACAGCGAUAUCUCUGUGCCAUUAAACGAGGCUCCCGCGUUCUUGCGCGACUGCGAGAUGUUGAGCAACUUCUGCGCCACCUUGCUCAUCGGCUGGGUCUUGUGUCCUUCACCGGCCUCCUCUUCAUCUUCUAGCUCAAUCUCGGUGUCCGAUUCAGAUAUAGUUCGCGCAAUUUUCCAUCUCUCGGUAUACCUCCGCAGCAGGCUGCUGAUGAUCGCCGUCUGCGCCUUCGAGAAUGCGUGCGUUCGGCGGUCUUCAUAGCCCUUAAACAGAGACGCGGUCGAGACGGAAACGUAGAAGUUGUCUUCGUUCAUCAUGACAGUCCUCUGGAUGGGAUCGCGCCUGUCGCUCAUAGGGGUGCUUUGCGCCGACCCGACGCUCCCGCGGCCGGCCCUUGCUCUGGCAUUCCCGUCAUGAGCGUCGCUGUCAUCGCGCUCGGGUGUUUGGGAGCUGAGGGGGAGAGGGGGGAGGGGAACAGGAUGUGGGGGAUUGUGGAGGACGAGACCGAUGAUCUGACGGAGAUGGAAGAAAUGGCCAUCUGACAUUUGGACAGCGAGACAUGAAUCCGAUACAUGUGGUGCUGUCUGUGUCGAUUGCUUUGUACACGCAUUGUAAUAUUACAUGGCAUUUUGGCUUUGCCCGAGGCGAGUCUGUCCACUUCGUGGAAGCAGUCGCCGGGCCGCGUCAGGGCGAAGAUGAGCAGCUUGCUCUGAUAAACGCACACGUUGUCUCUUGUGGAUGGCACGAGUUCUCUUUGUGACGUACAAGAAAGAUUAGGAAAGGCUUCCUGCCCAUGAAGGUGAAGAUCGGGGCGUCGCUGUCGGUGGACUGGAAGAACUUGAGGAAGGACGGGUAUUCCUCACGAACUCGCCGCUCGAUCUCGUGCAGGGCCGCUGUGUACGCCUCCCGGUCGUACGACAGCCUGCAUCAUACACAUGACAACAAUCGUGCUCACAUUCGCACCGACUGCACGAAUGACGUGAACCUUAGUCACCUUAAAAACUUGGCGACGACGUCCUCCACCUGUCUGCCACCAUUGUCUCCGAUUGUCAGCCCCAAGAGGGUGUUCCGCAGUCGCCGUCUCUCUUCCUCUUUGUUCUCCCAGCCCACGAUCGCCCCCUCGACCUCGGGGUCGAGCAGUACCUCCCCAGUCCGCCUGCCCAGCCGGCUUGUAGAGGUUUCGAGGCCGCCCAAAGGCAUGCUCUCCGUCUGGGGUAUGUAUGGAUUCAGCACGAGUUCGCACGUAGGGUCGUCGAGCAGCGCGACAUCAGCGUCGCGGGCCCACUCGAAUGACGGCAGCUGCUGGCUGGUGGAAUUAUCCUCUUCAGCGGCUGCCACUUCUGCUUGUGGGGACUCCAUGAUGAUGUCCAUGACGUGUCGCGGCCGUGAGAGGUGAGGCGGGAGCCUCCUGCUGCCUCCUGGGCUGGCCUUCCUCAGUGACCUGAGGCUGGUCUUGGGGCUUGAAAACCUUUGAGCCAUCGCCUCCUGUUGCGGCUGGGACGCUAGGAGCGCCGAAUUGAAAGAGCUCCACAACUUUUGCCCAGGGAGAAGGAACUGCUGGGCUCAA